CAUGAGCUUGUCAACGUGUACUUAAUGACGUUUUUUUAGCAGCACUAUUUUGUAACACCAUAGCAUCAAAGUAUUUAUUUUUUUAUUAAGGGGUUGAUCUUUUUAAUUUUCAAAGCCAUUUAGUUAAAUCCGGCUACUUUAAAGUCGAAUCAAAAAUAUUGCCUGCGCUGCAACAGUACAGUAGAGUACAGUAGGAUGAUGCAACCAGUGGCGUCGCACUCCCGUGGCUCCAAAAUAGAACGUAAGCAACAGCGCCGCCCUCUGCAGCGCAACCAGUCCACGUCACGCCAUCUCAGGAAAUUCAAACAGUCCCCCCCCCCACGCACACGCGCACACAGCGGAUGUCCUAGCUCCGAGCAGCGGCAUCUGUCUCCUCCAAGGUCAACGGAGCCUGCAGCCGCCCCUCGCCCUCCCAAUCCGCGGACACGCACAGACGCGCCUUUAUUCUCCUUCAAGUGACGAGCCAGCGUCGGUCCAGCGAUGCCGCCGCCAGUUGCGGGCCCCCCCGCCGUACCCCCGCCGGACGGCGGUUGGGGCUGGGCCGUAGUGGUGGCGUCCUUCAUCUCCAUCGGCUUCUCCUACGCCUUCCCCAAAGCCAUCACCGUCUUCUUCAAGGACAUCCAGAUCAUCUUCGACGCCUCCUACAGUGAAAUCGCCUGGAUCUCCUCCAUCAUGCUCGCCGUCAUGUACGCCGCAGGUCCCGUCAGCAGCGUGCUGGUGAACACUUACGGCUGCAGGCCCAUCGUCAUGAUGGGCGGCUGCCUGUGCGCCGUGGGCAUGACCCUGGCGUCCUUCUGCACCAGCGUGCUGCAGCUUUACCUCUGCAUCGGCGUUAUUGGCGGACUCGGAUUGGCGUUUAACCUGCAGCCCGCUCUGACCAUGAUCGGGAAGUACUUCUAUAGGAAGCGGCCCAUCGCCAACGGGCUGGCCAUGGCCGGCAGCCCCGUGUUCCUCAGCUCCUUGGCCCCGCUCAACCAGUACUUGUUCAACAACUUUGGCUGGAGGGGGAGCUUCCUCAUCCUGGCCGGGUUGCUGCUCAACUGCUGCGUGGCCGGCUCGCUCAUGAGGCCCCUGGGCCCGCCUCCCGCCAAGCUGAAGAAGGAGCAGGUGGAGAGCGCCAAGGUGAAGCUCACGCCGUGGCAAAUACUCAACAAGUACCUGGAUUUGUCGCUCUUCAAACAUCGGGGCUUCCUCAUCUACCUGUCGGGGAACGUCAUCAUGUUCGUGGGUUUCUUCGCUCCCAUCGUGUUCCUCACCGCCUACGCCAAAGAUAUGGGCGUGGACGAGUACUCGGCCGCCUUCCUCCUCUCCAUCCUGGCCAUCGUGGACAUGGUCGCCAGACCCUCCAUGGGCCUGCUGGCCAACUCCCGCUGGAUCCGACCCAAUAUUCAGUAUUUCUUCAGCUUUGCCGUGCUCUACAACGGCGUGUGCCACAUCCUCUGCCCGCUGGCCAGCUCCUACACCGGCCUCGUGAUCUACGCCAUCUUCUUCGGUUUUGCGUUCGGUAUGGUCAGCUCGGUGCUGUUCGAGAGUCUCAUGGAUCUGGUCGGGCCGCCCAGAUUCUCCAGCGCCGUGGGACUCACCACCAUUGUGGAAUGCUGCCCGGUCCUCAUCGGGCCACCGAUAGCAGGGAAACUGGUCGACGUCACCAAGAAUUACAAGUCCAUGUAUUUCUGCUGCGGCGUCAUCGUGAUCGUAGCGAGCGUUUGGCUCUUCAUUGGCAACUUCAUCAACUACAGACUUCUGGCGCGCGAGCGCAAACUUGAGCAGUACAAGCCAGCCGGGUCGGAGGAUCCCGACGUGCCCCAGAAGCAGGCAGAAGUGGACAACCCGGCCAAGCUCGAUGAGGAGAAAGGCAGAGAGCCCAUGCAGCGGGAAACCAACAUUUAAGAGCUUUUUCUCCAAGUUUCCCUCAGAUCAAGCCGAGAGAGUGCCUCGCGGUGUUCCACCUGGCUCUUUUCCGGGUCCCCUGCAACUCAAAACUGCCAAAGGAUCAAGCGUACAGAACAAUGUGUAAAAAGUCACAAGUUGGACCUUUUAAUGUCUUCCAAUUGAAUCUAAAUACGGCCAAAGUGCAUUGUCACUUUUUCCGACACGGAACCAGAUUUUCAAAGGUCCAGCAUUUGGUAUUAAGCAGUGUUGCAAACAGCCGCCGUCAGUCCCUGAAUGUCUUGAAGGCAAAGGCGUGGACGUAUAACAGCUCCGACUGGUUGUCCGAGCCAAUGUCCUCAUUUAUGCAGUAUGUCGCCGAGCAGGAAAUAAAAUGCAAGCUCCUCAUUGUAUCAUAUGACUUGCACCCUCAACGUUUUGCUCUGGCGCCCUCUAGAGAAGGAGGCUGCAAUUAUUCCAAAAGUCUAACUUGACUUUAAUUCAUGCAAAAUUGAAUGUACUCUCCUUUCGCGGGCCUUAAUAAUAAGGCAAUAAUGACCAAAGCCAUCUGCGUGACACUGAACAAUAGAGACUGAAUGGACACUUCAUUAGGGACACCCGAGAGCUCCAAUAACGGUAAAUAAUGUGAUUUUGUUUUUUUAAGAUGCAAUAUUUGGCCCUAAAUAAGUGGCAUGAAUAGAAAAAGAGAAUGAUUUUAUUGAAAAUGAAUAUGAAAUUAAGAUAUUCUACCGGUGGAAGCUGGGAAGAAUGGAACUUUAUUGUUACUGAAGUGAUCAACGCUUCUACCUGAAAUUCCUUCCUUCCAUCUUUGGCCAAUACUGUCCACUGAUUAACAUUUUGCCUUCCACAAAAAUAAUGAAAGUUGACCAGUGUGUCGACAUAUCAAUGGCUGAACAAAGCCAGCUGAAGAAUAGAAAUCUAUAUUUUGCAGCUUUUCAGUGUUACACAGUAUUUUCAUACUUUGGCUAACGUCCACUCUCACUGUGCUUUGUAUGACUUUGAAUGUUUUCUCGUCGAUUCAAAGAAAAUCACUAUGCAACCUUUUUUUUUUCAUGCUGAUUUUUAAAGUAAAUAAGCUGUCCAAUCAUGUUUGCUUUGCAACACUGCCCCCUGCUGGUACGUCAGGUUAUUCGGAUUAUUGCUUUCUAUUGUGAGAAUUCUUGAUGCUGUGAUGCGCUUGAAAAGCUGCUGGGGAAGGAGACGUGACGAGACGUUCUCUUAUUCCAUGUUAUACAGAGAACAAACAUUUCUUUGUAUUUGAGCUCGCGUAUUUAUUUUCUGAAGAACGAUAUAUUAACUAGAAACAAAACUAUGAACUGUAUGUUUUUUGUUACUUUAUUUGGUUUGGGUUGAAUUAGCAGGAUUU